AUGUGUUUUAUCAUCCGCUACUCUUUACAGAUCUACAUCGUUGUCGUCGGGCUUGUGGCGUUCUCGGGAAUAGUGGAUAAACACUUUGACCGGCACAUCGCCGCACACAGGACUCUGGCCAGGCUGCCGGCGGUCGUGGAGGAUGGAUUCAGACAUUACCAGUUAACAGAUGACGAGACGCUGAUCCUCGCCACGGUGAAGCAGCAUGGCCGCGCGGGCCGGCCGGAGCUGGUCUGGUGCGGGCUGUACACGGGACCCAACCUCCCGUACAAACUCGCCAAGAUGGAGGCGGACGUCGGCAGGGACAACUCCGUACUGUCGCGGACUGGUCAUCGCUGGUACUUCGCCAGGGUACUGACCGCCUGUGAGAGCGCGCGGGGUCCCGGCCUCGACUCCGACCCCAUCCCCGACCGUGACGUGUACCUUCCCGGCAUGCCCCCUGCCCCACAGACGUGGUGUCAGCUGGGAUCCAACAUGGCGGCAAGUUUGUUCGGCACGGUGGCGUCUGUCAUAUGCCCGGCCGAGGAUUACAAAGCAUUUGCGGAGCGGGUGUACCGAGAGGCCCUGUCCUUGGACAGAGCGGCGACGUUACUGGGGAAGGGCACCUACCCCGGCACACGGUACUGCGGGGCGGGGGAUGGGAAGAGUAGGCUCAUGGAAGGCGAGGGCGUGUUAGACUCGCUAGACUCCUGUUGUCUGGACCACGUGCUGUGUGAAGAAGCCAUAGCGCCCGGCCAGACCAGGUUCUUCCUGUACAACCCCGGUCCCCGCCCGCUUCUGCCCUGCUGGUGUGAGGCGUACUUCGAGAAAUGUCUCCGAACGUUGAACACGUCUCCGUCGCGGGACGUGGGUGAGCUGUACUUUAACCACCUGGACGGCGCGUGUUACGAGCUGCAGCACAGGGCCGUGUGCGCGGGCGGACUGCUGGGCGUGUGCUGGCGGUGGGAGCCCAGACUGGUGGGGGUAACCCGGGAACUCUGGACCUUCCAGCCGUGAUGAUGAGGCAUCUAACACCUUUCCGUGGUCAUUGAGAUUCAAAGUAUUCCUGGGGAUGAUUCCAUCGCCUAACAUUUCUUUCAAAUUAGUUGUUUACUUCCUUUGCUAUCUUGUUAACGUCUUCCGCGAAGGUCUAACUUGCCACAUUAAAUAGAUGAAAUAACUUACUUUACGUUGUUUUGCGCUGCUCAUGAGAUUUUUAG